AUGGUGACCAGCGGCUUGUCCGGUGCAUACAAUGGAGGGAGUUUGACGGUCAAGGUGACGAUCGCGACGUUUCUCGGGGUGGCCUGCUACAACGCCAUCGAACUGUGCAUUCUUAUUUUUGUCACCUUCAACCGAUAUCGCGGACUCUAUUUCUGGAGUUUACUCGUCGCCGGCAUUAUAGGGGUAGUGCCCUACUCGAUUGGAUACCUGAUCAAGUUCUAUGAUCUGAUAGACUCGGUAUGGCUUUCUGUCACGCUUAUCACAAUCGGCUGGUGGAGCAUGGUGACAGGGCAGUCCGUCGUUCUUUAUUCCCGAUUGCAUUUGGUCCAGCGCGAUCGAGUUAUCCUUCGCCGCGUUCUGGCUCUCAUUAUCGUUAAUGCGAUUAUAUUCCACAUCCCAACGACGGUUCUGACCUUCGGGUCCAAUUCGGAGUCCAACCAUGAGUUCAUCACCGCUUACUCGAUAAUGGAAAAGGUGCAAAUGACGGGGUUUUGUGUGCAAGAGCUGCUAUUGUCGACACUCUACAUUGUAGAGGCUGUCAAAAUCUUGCGAUCAUCCUCCGACAAAGGGAGCCGAAGAAUUAUUUACCAGUUGUUGGGCAUUAACUUCAUUUUCAUUUUGAUGGAUAUCGGACUCCUUACAGCCGCAUACGCAAAUUUCUACGUUAUCGAAACGACUCUUAAGGCGAUGAUCUACAGCGUCAAGCUGAAACUAGAAUUUGCAGUGCUGGGAAAACUUGUUCGCAUCGUCCAUUCUCACUCGUGGAACCCCGAAUUUAAUCACGGCUCUGAUGGGUUACCCGAUUUCGUUAAUGGUAGCCUUCUCACCACCGACGUCACACGAGCGCCGAUGUCUGGAAAUGGGCCACCAAAACCUCCGUGGGUGCUCACCGAUGGCUCCGAUAGACUCGAUGAAGAGUUGGCUUAUCGAAGAAACCGCUCUCAAAGCUCCCCAUCUUUACACACCAUGACCUCGAAAAAUUCCGUAGCAGUCUGGCGUCGCCCUGUUUCAACAGAUGGCAUUCCAGGAGUUCUACCUUCACCAACAAACAGCAAAUCAACCAACUCGAGUUGGCUGCUACCUUGA